GUCUUAUAAAUGGUUAUCUUUAGGUUGAAUUUUGGGUCCUAUUCUCCUUUUUGAUAUCAACGUCAUACCAUUUUAGAUAAAUCAGACACAUACAGUAUACACAAACUAAUGAGGAAUCCAUCCGAUCUGUUUUCGUGAAAAUACUAAUCUAGUCACCCCUGAUGGACCAAGGAUGUAGCACUUAGCACAAUGAGUGAGCCACCAAAGAAGAAAUUAAAACAGUCUUCUCUCUUAGCUUCAUUCAACGUUCACAAGAAAAUUGAUGUCAAAGAGGAAUCAGAAUAUGUGGUAAAUCUCGACAGUGAUAGUUGUGAAGAUCCAAGCACUAUGGAUAAAGAAGAUACAGAGAAGAGAGAUGUGUUAGCUAAGGCUGCUGAGAAAAGAGCAAAGAUGGAGACGUAUAGCCCGGUGACGACUCCGAAAAAGACUCUCAAGUCAACAACAAAUGAUUCCCCCUCGCAUGGCACAAGGUCUGCGACUGCUGCUGCUGCCGCCUUGCCUGUCCCUGGACUAUCGAAGUCGGAUUCAGUACAAUCAGAGUGUAGUGCAACGCUCGCUUAUGAUGCUGAAUCACCUUUGUUAUUCACUGACUCGGAGACAACUGACCAAGAAGAUUCCCAGAACUCCCUUGGAUCAUGGCAGCAGUGUGCUACACAGUCAAGUACUUCUGGUGAAGACUUGCAAGGAACAGGUUUUCCAUAUACUGAAAUGAAUGUGACUCCGUCCUGUUCCAUGGCCUUACCACCCCUGCAACCAUCUGCAUCUCAUAUAGUUCUGUUUAGGCCUCACCUCCAGGCUGGUAGACCUCCUCGUCCGUAUCCUGAUGCAUACAGAGAUAGUUGGGAUGCUGAUCACGUGCGGAUGCCAUGCUCAAAUGAAAAUAUUUAUCCGGUCCUAAAGGACGGGAAGAAAGAACUUAAGAACCGGUGGGACCUCAUACGAACAGCAUUACUAGACAACAUUACUUCAUCAUAUGAUGUGGAGGAAGCCAUUAUCGCAUACAAUUCAAGAUAUGAAAAUAAGUGGGAUUUCUCAGGUUUACAUACAUUCUUCACUGAGUUAUUAGAGGCAGAGGAGAGUAAUUUCUUCUUCAAACAAGUAUUUCCAAAAAUGGUGGAGCUGGCACUUCGCCUACCAAAUAUUUGUACGCAGCCACUUCCAUUGCUAAAGAAGCAAAGUGCAAAAAGUGUAUCAUUGUCAAAGGAGCAGGUAUCUUGCCUUCUUGCCAAUGCUUUCUUCUGCACCUUCCCUCGUCGAAACACAAGACAAAAACAAUCAGAGUAUUCAACAUUCCCAGACAUCAACUUCAAUAGGUUAUAUCAGGGGCAGAAAAGUGGUUACUGUCGGCGGAAAGUUGAGAAAUUGAAAUGUAUAUUCAAUUAUUUCAAGAGAGUAUUGCCUACAGCUCCAGAAGGAAUUGUCACAUUUACACGGAAGGUGCUCAGGGAUGCUCCCAAGUGGAGUGCAAGCGUAAGGAAGUUAACACGGUUGUACGUGUCGGCACAUGGUACGAUAGAGGGCAAUGGUACUGGCAUGCUUCAGGCUGAUUUUGCCAAUAAAUAUAUUGGAGGUGGUGCACUUGGCAGAGGUCUGGUUCAGGAGGAAGUACGAUUUGUUGUCUGCCCAGAGAUGUUACUGACUCGUUUAUUCACAGAGGAGUUGGACGAUAAUGAAUGUCUUGUCAUGACGGGAUGUGAGCAGUUCAGUCGGUACGAAGGAUAUGCCGACUCGUUCAAGUGGACAGGCAAUUAUAAGGACCCUUCGGAGAGUGAUUCCUGGGGGCGGAAGUAUGUUGACGUCGUUGCCAUGGAUGCCCUGCCAUUUAGAACCUAUGGCGAUCAGUUCAAACUUUCAAACCUUAAAAGAGAACUUAACAAAGCUUAUUGUGCCUUUCAUGAGCCGGAUGUGCCAAUGAAGAACCGGUCUGCCGUUGCGACCGGCAAGUGGGGAUGUGGUGCAUUUGGGGGAGAUGCGAUGUUAAAAGCACUCAUUCAGAUCAUGGCAGCAGCUGAGAGCAGCCGCGAUAUCUGUUAUUUUACCUUCGGAGAUCCAGUUCACAUGGAUGAAAUUUACGACAUUCAUACUUUCCUGGUGGCUAAGGACUGCACUGUUGGUGAUUGUUGGGCCCUGAUUAUCCAAUAUGCUAACCUCAUUGCCAAACUCAAGAAACCGAAGAAGAACUUAUUUGAGUACAUCAAGGAAUCCUACUUAGAAGUCACUAGUGACACAGAUGGCGACAGUCCAAAACCUGACAGCGAUGAUAACUUUGCACAAAAUACACCUUGAGGACCAUGGAAACAAAAGUGUUAUUUGUAUUUGAUUACAAGGCGAUCAUCAGAGUCAGGUGCUCUCCUGCCAGAUAAUUCGUAGUCUUGUGAAAGUGACAAUACAGUGGAUGUGGGAUGAAUUAGAAGGAUUGUUUACUGGUGCAGUAUCAAGACUGAUGAUUGAUGGAGGGUGCCUGUGUUUGUAUAGGCUUCUGUACGCUUCAAAAAAGUAGAUUGCCUAAAUUAUAAUCAGAUAGGUCAAGAAUUAUUCUUGUACCGAAACAAGUUUUAUACCCAUUCAACAAGUGUGAGGUUGGGACUUUAUAUUUUGUGAAAGAGCUACAGCAUUUUUUUAGGUUAUUUAUGAUUGUCUGUAGAUAGUUAAAUUUUUAAUUUAUGAUAUAAUGCUGUGACGGAGCUCAGUGAAACAUGUGCUCGUGUAAUCAUGCAGUGUGUAAAACAAUACAUGAUAAAAUAUAUUACAGAGAACGAGUUGGCUUGUUUUUAUGGGUUGUCUGAUAAAGACAUUUUGAUGGUAUUUGGCCUGGAAUGUCCUAUGACUCGGAAGAGUGAUAAAUGAUCCUUUGCCUGAAAUGUCCUAUCAUUUUGUUAAGAAACUGAAUGUGUGACAAUUGACAUUAAAAAUUCCCAUUAGACCAUGUUGUGAAAUGUCCCACAUGAGACCAUGUUGUGACUCUGACUACAGCCUGCAAGAAUGCCUGACAUGUCCCAGCAAAAGAAAAUGA